AUGAGGAUCCACACUGGAGAGAAACCAUUUACGUGCACUCAGUGUGGGAAGAGUUUCCGCCAAGCAUCAUCACUUAAUAAACACAUGAGGACCCACACUGGAGAGAAACCAUUUACUUGCACUCAGUGUGGGAAGAGUUUCAACCGCUCAUCACAUCUUAAUCAACACAUAAGGAUCCACACUGGAGAGAAACCAAUAACGUGCACUCAGUGUGGGAAGAGUUUUCGCCAAUCAUCAUCCCUUUAUAGACACAUGAGGAUCCACACUGGAGAGAAACCAUUCACAUGCACUCAGUGUGGGAAGAGUUUCAGCCAAUCAUCAAACUUUAAUCUACACAUGAGGAUCCACACUGGAGAGAAACCAAUAACGUGCACUCAGUGUGGGAAGAGUUUUCACCAAUCAUCAUCCCUUUAUAAACACAUGAGGAUCCACACUGGAGAGAAACCAUUCACAUGCACUCAGUGUGGGAAGAGUUUCAGCCGAUUAUCACACCUUAAUCGACACAUGAUGAUCCACACUGGAGAGAAACCAUUCACAUGCAAUCAGUGUGGGAAGAGUUUCAGCCGAUUAUCACACCUUAUUCGACACAUGAUGAUCCACACUGGAGAGAAACCAUUCACAUGCUCUCAGUGUAGAAAGAGUUUCAGCAUCUUAUCAUCGCUUUACAGACACAUGAGGAUCCACACUGGAGAAAAACCAUUCACAUGCACUCAGUGUGGGAAAAGUUUUCGCCAAUCAUCAAAUCUUAAUCUACACAUGAUGAUCCACACUGGAGAGAAACCAUUCAAAUGCACUCAGUGUGGGAAGAGUUUCAGCCAAUCAUCACACCUUAAUCAACACAUCAUGAUCCACACUGGAGAGAAACCAUUCAAAUGCACUCAGUGUGGGAAGAGUUUCAUCCAAUCAUCAUCCCUUAAUCAACACAUGAUGAUCCACACUGGAGAGAAACCAUUCACAUGCCCUAAGUGUGGGAAGAGUUUCAGGAAAUCAUCGUCCCUUAAUGAACACAUGAUGAUCCACACCGGAGAGAAACCAUUCACAUGCCCUAAGUGUGAGAUGAGUUUCAGCCAAUCAUCAUCCCUUAAUAAACACAUGAGGAUCCACACUGGAGAGAAACCAUUCACAUGCACUCAGUGUGGGAAGAGUUUCAACCAAUCAUCACACCUUAAUCACCACAUGAGGAUCCACACUGGAGAGAAACCAUUUACUUAAACUCAGUGUGGAAAGAGUUUCAGCCGACCAUCAUCCCUUAAUAAACACAUGAAGAUCCACACUGGUGUGAGAGCGUAUAUGUGCUUGAAGUGUAAGAAGACUUUUAUUACAGCUGAAGAUUUGAAACGGCACCAGAGAAUUCACACUGGGUAAAAAAAACCUACAAGUGUUCACAGUGCAGUAAGAGGUUUACUCACUCACAAACCCUGAAAACACAUGAGAGGAUUCACACUGGAGGUAAACCAUAGACAUGAUCAGUGUGUACAGAGUUUCACAAAUUUGGGGAAGCUUAAGACAUGGGAUGGUUUCCGGUAUGGCAUCAACAGGUGUAGCAGAAUAGAAAGAGCGCUCCCAUACACACUGGUAUUAAUCCUUUUUUUACAUCAUAUAUGAUAACCUAAACCAUGUUUAAAUAACAUGGAGGGGGACAAAAACAAAAAGGCUUGGACAAAACAACCAUUGAAACCUAAAAAAAAAACUAGAAAUCAACAGAUGAAAAAUCAGAGACAGACGGGAUAGCUGAUAGCCUGUAAGCUAGCAUUCCAGCAAUACAUACAGACAUCAAAGUAUUCCAGAUGGAUAUUAAAUUUGAUUUAACCGCCUUCCAAGAUUCUCUCGCAAAAGAUGUGAAAAUAGAACUAAGUAACUUUAAAUAAGAAGUCAAUUAAAAACCGGAUGGCCUGAUCACGGACCUAAACGCAACAGCAGAAAAGGUCAACGAAGUGAGGAAGCGAGUUGGAGAAUUGGAGAACGUUGCUUAGAUAAAAGAAAUUCUUGGUCAAACCAUACAAAUUAAGACAUGAAGAAAACUAUUAAGAGAAACUGUUAUAUCUAGAAGCACGCUCCCGUAGAAAUAAUAUUCAGAUUUUUUCAAUCCCGGAAGGAAGCAAAGGGAAUAAUAUCCAAGAUCCAAGUGGAAAUGUUUAUCAAAUCGAACUGUCACUUGACGAAAUAGAUCUUAAAAUCCGACAAUGUCAACAGAGGCAUCAAGAGAUCUGAAAGAAAAAGGACUAAUAAACAGCAAAGAAGAAACUAUUAUAGGAGUCGU